UAGCGUGGUAAAGUCUGUAUGGCGGGGUUAGGUUGAUCCACGUUACUUAAUUUAUUUUGUUGUGAUAAAAGGUUUAGCUAGCUGCCGGGAAUUUUUCUUCAAUCGUAUUAACCAGAAAGUAAAAUUGUUUCGUGUAUAAUUUGCGAGGAUGAGUGGCGGAGUGUAUGGAGGCGAUGAGGUUGGAGCCCUAGUGUUUGACAUAGGCUCUUACACAGUGAGAGCCGGGUAUGCUGGAGAAGAUUGUCCCAAGGCCGACUUCCCCACGGUGAUGGGCGUGACCCUGGACAGGGAGGAUGGUAGCACCCCGAUGGAGACGGACGGCGGGGACAAGGGCAAGCAGGGCACCAACUACUUCAUCGACACCAACCAGCUGAGGGUGGCCCGUGAGAGUAUGGAGGUCAUGUCACCGCUCAAAAACGGCAUGAUCGAGGACUGGGACAGCUUCCAGGCCAUUCUAGACCACACCUACAAGAUGCACUUCAAGUCAGAACCCAGCAUCCAUCCUGUACUCAUGUCAGAAGCCUCGUGGAACACACGAGCCAAGCGGGAGAAGCUAACCGAGCUGAUGUUUGAGCAUUACAACAUUCCUGCCUUCUUCCUGUGCAAAACGGCGGUGCUCUCUUCCUUUGCCAAUGGACGAUCCACAGGGUUGGUGUUAGACAGCGGAGCCACACACACCACAGCCAUUCCAGUGCACGACGGUUACGUGCUUCAGCAAGGCAUCGUCAAGUCUCCCCUUGCUGGAGACUUUAUGAGCAUGCAAUGUAGAGAGCUAUUUCAAGAGUUAAAUGUUGAAAUAGUCCCUCCUUACAUGAUUGCAUCAAAGGUGAGACCUGCUAAAGAUGCUGUACGUGAUGGAACCCCAGCCAGCUGGAAGAAGAAGGAGAAACUACCUCAAGUCACCCGGUCCUGGCACAACUACAUGUGUAAUACUGUGAUUCAGGAUUUCCAAGCGUCCGUGCUGCAGGUUUCAGACUCGCCGUACGAUGAACAAGUUGCAGCCCAGAUGCCCACGGUUCACUACGAGCUGCCCAAUGGAUACAACUGUGACUUUGGGGCAGAGAGGCUGAAGAUUCCAGAAGGCCUUUUUGACCCUUCCAAUGCUAAGGGUCUGUCUGGCAACACCAUGUUGGGAGUCGGCCACGUGGUGACCACCAGUGUGGGAAUGUGUGACAUCGAUAUUCGGCCGGGUCUUUAUGGUAGCGUGGUGGUCACCGGCGGCAACACACUCAUCUCGGGCUUCACGGACCGACUCACCAGAGAACUCUCUCAAAAGACCCCCCCUAGUAUGAGACUGAAAUUGAUAGCCAACAACACAACGGUGGAGCGCAGGUUCAGUGCCUGGAUAGGAGGCUCCAUCUUGGCAUCACUAGGAACUUUCCAGCAAAUGUGGAUCUCAAAACAGGAGUACGAAGAGGGCGGGAAGCAGUGCGUAGACAGGAAGUGCCCUUGAUCGACCACCAACAGCAUCUGCUGCCUCCAGAACUCACAAUAACAUGUCUAGUUAAACCUUUUACUGUGAGCUCAGGAACGCCCAAGGACGGUAGUUCUGUCGAUUAAAAAAAAUGUUUUUUAAAACUGGAUGAUCGAAUCUGCCAUUAUCAUUUUUUGUAGAAAACAUGAACUAUAACGAACCAUUAUUCCAUAUUCCAUUGCUAUGAAAAGGGUGAAAGGCUGAGUUCCUUUUGACUCCAUCUUCAGUAUGCCAUUUUCAGUUUGUUUAUGGACCUUAUAUUCUGAUCUCAACCUUCUUGACAGGUACGAAACACUUGGUUAGUGUAUGUGUCUUAUCCAAUGGGUUGUCAGGUGAACGUUGAAGAUGCUUCUUGGAGGUGAACUAAUGAUGUCAUUUGAAUCGCUGUCAUUGAGUUGCUCACUGGACAAGACAAUUAUUCACUGAAAAUUAAAUGUCUUUCAUUUCACUUAUGUUGAUAUUUGAUUGGCUAUUUGCUGUCUUUUGAAAAUACAAAAAUAAAUAUAACUGUUUUAUGAA